AACCCAUCAAUCUUUGCUGAGUCAGGCAGAUCCAGGGUUAUACCUUCAGCAAGCCGCUGCAGGAACAACAAGAACUUUCCUUGCAGAGCAGGUCCAGUUCUCAAGCUGAGGUCCCAACUUGGAGAUCAGUGGAUCCAACUGGUCCAGGCUGGGUUCUGAGGUGUUCAGAGAUUGAAUCUCUCUUUGCUUAUUCUGUUUUUUUUUUCAAUCCAUGGGAAAGAUGGAACAGAAAAGCUUCUUCAGCCAGAGAAAAGCACUGGUGGUGAUGUGCGUCACAGUCUUAUUGCUGUCGGAGCAGACACGUGCGGGUCCGUUAGUGUCACCGAUCCGGCCCAGUUCUGGUCAGAUCACAGAUCGAGGAGGAGAACACACAAAACACGUACUGAAAAGGAUUGCCAGAAUGACCCCACUGUGGAGGAUCAUGAGCAGCAAACCGUCCGGAGCUUUCUGCCAAAAUAACUUUGAAUGUUCAACUGGAGUCUGCAGGGAGGGACGCUGCUCCACUAACCAACGGCCCUCAACUGAGCCAGUGAAAUAUUAGAUCCUUCAGGACACAACCAUUGGGUUUACGUUGGUGUUUGAUCACAGUUUUGAUGCAUUCUUAAAGCUACAAUACCAAUUUUUAUUCUUUAUCUUUAUUAUCAGAGUUUUGUAUUUAUAACGAUAAAUAUAUAAUAUCUGCACAGCUACAUGCAUUCAUUAUCAAUUUAACUACUAGAUGAAAAUGGGUCCAUUUAGAUAGAUUUAUAAUUUUGUUUAGCUGUGGAAAGUGGCCAAAAUUACUUUGGUGCUAUGAUCUUAAAGCUAGAGGCUGUCACUCAAAAGAUGAAAAGUCAAUUUUGGAUGUUCAGUGUGUUUGGCCUUGAACCUCAUUACACAAACGAUACGAUGGAGUCUUAUCUUUACACAGCCUCCCUGAUAGCAUGGAGGUUAUGUUAAGUUUGGCUGUUUUCUUACGAUAUGAUCAUAGGAUUCAUUUUGAAAGAUAGUAGAUAUAACUCAACAGUUUGGGCAGAAUUGGCUGAAAUAGUCUUUUUUGUCUUUGUUUGAUGCUUUUUUUUUCAAACGAAAGAUGAAGAUAGUAGGAGAGGGGAUCAGCAAAAAGCACAGAGAAAACUUUGCACUAUUUAGGUGCUCCUUUAUGACCUUCGUUCUGUCCCACAUCUGGUCAAAAUUUGCUGUCAGUAUGUUGUUUUAAAGUACACAUGGAUUCCUUUUAUCUAGAGCGAGUCCACGCUGCAGAAGACGACCUACGUGCAGCAAUUUGUUUAGCAGAAUACACACUAAUCCUUCACUGAAAUGGAUUCGAUGACAGAAAAAAAAGAUUUUUCUUUAAAAUAGAAAUCAAUCGUUUGUACUCUAGAAUCAUUUGUUUCUUGCACAGCUGACAAAAGCGGACUGAAAGAGCAGCGAACGCAGAGUCAAGGAGUAAAGGUUACAAGCAGAUUGCAGGCGCCUGUUUCCUGGACAGUUUAAAAACUAAUUUUAAAAAGUCAUGUUGGAAAUGAAAACUGUGUUUCAUACAUUUAACAUAAGCUAAAGGUCGACAAUAUAAUUUUGUUUACACAAUAGGAUCUCAGAGAUAUAUUUAUUUGCUUUAUUUGUCUAAAUGUAAAAUGUCCCUGCUUUUGGUUGCAUUUUGUUUUAUUUUUUUUUUGUUUAUUUUUUUUUGUUCGCUCUAGAAUACUUUAUCAUGAUUUGGUUUUCAAGUGCUCAAUAUGGAACAGAUUCAUAACCAGAAGCAGCACGGCCUCAAUGUUUGCACAUAUAUCCCCUACCAUCUCAUGGGUUUCAGAGUCCCCUUUUAACAAGCCUGCCGAGUUUACUUCAUGCACACGGCAGGCGGUGUCUCAUGUUUUGUUCAGAGAGAGAGAUUUCAGUCGGACUGCACUUUUAAAUUCAAUUAUCUUUGUACUGUAUGGUGUUACAAACAUGUAAACGGGUGGAAAAAAAAGUCAAAUAAAAGCUUUUAAAAAAAGGAUUCA